AUGUUCGUUGGCGAAAUGCAAUCGGAUUUUUAUAGGGCGCCAAGAUGUCUAGGACAGCCUGCAAAAGCCUUGAACUAUGUCCGCUUCCCCCUACUCUCCUACUCAUUGAGAGUUCCUCACUUUCUUGGAACAGCUUGGUAUGCUGAUCACGAAAAGGUCAAUUUGUGUCGAACUGUCAAAACAGAUAUUUUCGGACCGGUGCUAGGAGGAAUGGCUGCAGCGGCUCGAACAUGUUUCCAGGCAGAAUUGGAUUUCCUCAUCCAGCUAGUUGGAUUGCAAGCUAGAAGACUAAUUAUGGUGAUGCAGCAAGAGCUCAGAGAUUAUGAUCAUGGACACCGCCUUUCAUCACCUCCGCUGUAG